AUGUUUGUGAUUGCGGAACCUUUUUUAUGUGAUGAACAAAUGGAUGAAGUUAAAAAAAUGCUUGGUUUUGAUUAUGGGUUUUCAAAUGGUGCGUGGAAUGGGAAAUUGUGGAUGUUGUGGAUGAAUGAUGUUAAUGUAAGUAUGGUUAGUUGUGGAAGCCAACAAAUUUCUGUUCUUGUGGCUAAUGGUGGGAUGAAGUGUAAAAUUUCUUUUGUUUAUGCUAAAUGUUUAUGUGAGCAAUGGAGGGUGUUGUGGGAUGAGCUUGCAAGGGAGAGUAAUUCUAAUGAUCCUUGGUUGGUAACAGGGGAUUUUAAUAUUAUAGCGAAUGAUGGGGAGAGACGUGGUGGUAGGCCUCAACUUGUGGUGGCCAUGGAGGAGUUUAAUUCUUGGAUACAUAACUGUGGUUUAAUGGAAUUGAAAUUUUUGGGUAAGAGUUAUUCAUGGUGCAAUGGGCAUGCCGGAAAUUCAAGGAGUUGGGCUCGUUUGGAUCGUUCCUUGGUUGAUCAACAUUUUCUUGGUGCUUUUCCGGAUUCGGUUAUGAGAUAUUUACCUCGUACAACAUCGGAUCAUGCUCCUAUGGUCAUUUCGUUAGUGAAGAGUUUUGAAGGCUGUGGACCGGCGCCUUUUCAUUUUCAGCAAAUGUGGGUGGAUCAUGUUGAUUUUGCUCGAUGUGUUCGUGAGGCUUGGGACCAAAAUGAUGCUGGUGGUGCUCUCAUGAAAAUGGUGGCAAAAUUAAAAAGGGUGAGAGUUGCUCUAAAAGCAUGGAAUAAGAUAGUUUUUGGGUGGACGAGUGGACACAUUCAGGAGUUGAAGGCUCAUAUAGAGAGGCUGGAUGAACAGUUGCAAGUGAGAUAUGAAGAAGAUGUGGAGCUGGACCUGUUGGCUUCAAAGAUGGAACUGGACACCUGGACUAAUCGUGAAGAGAUCCGGUUGGCUCAGUGUACCAAAGUUAGAUGGUGGAAACAUGGCGAUAAAAAUUCCAGGUAUUUUCAUGCUCUUCUUAAUAAAAGGAAGCAAACUAGGAUUAUGGAGAUGAGUCUGUCUAAUGGUACUACGUUAAAAACACCGCAAGAUAUUCAUGAUGGUGCUGUGAAAUAUUUCAUGGAUUUUUUAGGUCAAUUUAAUCGUGUAGUACUUCCAGAUUUGGGGGAUUUAGUGUCUAAUGUGAUCUCAGAUGAGGACAAUUUGAGGCUUUGUUCUUUGCCUAUAGAAGAAGAGGUGAAACAAGCUGUUUUCAGUAUUCCUAUAGAGAGUAGUCAUGGCCCGGAUGGGUUUGGUUCAGGUUUCUAUCGUGCUUGUUGGGAUAUUGUGCAUGUGGAGGUGGUGGAGGUUGUAAGGGAUUUUUUUAAGGGAGUUCCUCUCCCUAGAUUUUAUAUGGCUUCUUUUGUUGUGCUUAUUCCAAAAAUGGCUCAGCCGACGGGAUUUGAUAAGUUCCGUCCUAUCAGUUUAUGUUCUGUUUUCUACAAAAUCUGCACUAAGGUUUUGCUGGCAAGGCUUGCCCCUUUAUUGCCUGUUAUGAUCUCCUCUUAA